GUAGGGGAGAUCCUGAGCUCCGCAGACCCCUCGGUCAAGGCCAGGCUGACCAUCAGCUGCCCCGACUUUGGGGAGUGGAGGGACUCGGGCUUGGACCAUCACAACCUCCAGGACUUCAUUGAGCUGCGCUACAACCCGGGCUGCAUCCUGCCAGAGAUGGAGGGGCUGGAGGAGUUCAUGGAGUACCUCUCGGAGUCGCUGGAGCCCCAGUCCCCCUUUGACCUCCUCGAGCCCCCCACCAUGGUCGGCUUCCUCAAGCUCUCCAAGCCCUGCUGCUAUAUCUUCCCGGGUGGGAGAGGGGACUCGGCUUUCUUUGCCGUCAAUGGCUUCAACGUCCUGGUGAACGGAGGCUCCAACCCUAAGUCAUCCUUCUGGAAGCUGGUCCGGCACCUGGACCGCAUCGACUCCAUCCUGGUGACGCACGCGGGCACGGACAGCCUGCCCGGCGUUAACAGCCUGCUGCAGAGGAAGCUGGCCGAGCUGGAGGAGGAUCCGUCGCAGGGCAACGGGGACUGGGCGAAGAACCUCAUCUCUCCGGAGCUGGGUGUCGUCUUCCUCAACGCCUCCGAGAAGCUGAAGGACAUCGAGGGUAACUCGCGGGUGCUGAAGAGCUGCGAUGAGGCUGCCCUGACCCUGCACUACCUGGAGAAGCUGGGUAUCCGUCCCAACCCGCUGGCCCGGGACAGUGGACCCCGCGCAGAGCCCACCGUCCUCUUCCAGAAGAUGGGAGUGGGCCGGUUGGACAUGUAUAUCCUGAACCCCGUGAAGGGCACCAAGGAGCUGGAGUUUCUCCUGCAGCAAUGGUCGGGCAACAGCUACCCCAAGGAGCAGGACUUGCCCCUGCAGUGCCUGACCUCCGUCUGCGCCCUGCUCGUCUGGCACCCCGUCAGCCCCUCCGAGAAGAUCAUCCGGGUCCUCUUCCCCGGUUGCACCCCCCAGGGCCGCAUCCUGGAGGGGUUGGAGAAGGUGAAGCACCUGGAGUUCCUCAAGCACCCCGUGGUCACCAAGAAUGACUUGAAGGGACCGUCAGUGCCCCAACCUGAGAAGCUGCUUAAGCAGAGGAGGGCGGAGAGCAAGGAGAGCCUGAAAUCGGCUUCCAAGCUCAGCUUGGUGGACGCUGGGGCACCGGCGCCGAAGGAGAAGGCUCCAUCAAAGGUGGAGAGAAAGGAGGUGAAGGCAGGGACCAAGGAGAAGCCAAAAUCCCUGGGGGAGACGGCCCGAGCGGGAUCAGAAGAGGAGAAAGCCAAGGAUGCUCGGGCCAAGCUGGAGUCUUCGAUGGAGAAGCUGAAGGUGGACGCAAAGCCGAAGCCGAGCAAGGAGAAAGUGGCGCCCAAGAAGGAGCCCGUUCCCCGGAAAGAGGAGAAGAAGCUGCCAAAGAAGGACGAGGGGCCCGAGGCGAAGGGGGAGGCCAAGAAGGAGGCGAAGGUGGUGAAGAAAGAGGUGAAGGCUGAGACGCUGCGGAAGGAUGCGAAGGAGAGCAAGGCAGAGGGCAAGGCUCCUGCCAAGACCCUGGCCCGGAAAAC